AUGGCCUCGGUUUUCCGUGCCGGCACCCGGCUGCGCUCUGCCGCUCGCCUUCCUGCUGCCCGCUCUCUCUCUACCACUGCCUCUCUUCGGGCCUCUGAGAAGCCUUACUUCCCCAAUGAGCCUACUGCUCCCUCUGUCUCGGGCGCUAUCCCCGGCCCUAAGAACCAGGCCGCUGCCGCCGAGCUCGAUGAGGUCUUCGACGUCCGCAGCUUGAACAUGCUGACUGACUACAACCAGUCCGUUGGUAACUACAUUGCUGACCUCGACGGCAACAAGUUGCUCGAUGUAUAUGCUCAAAUUGCCUCUAUUCCCGUUGGCUACAACAACCCCCACCUCAAGGAGGUUGCCACCACCCCCGAGAUGACCUCUGCCCUCAUCAACCGUCCAGCUCUGGGUAACUUCCCCUCUUCCGAGUGGGCUCACAUUCUCAAGACUGGUGUCCUCCGUGCCGCCCCCAAGGGUCUUGACCAGGUCUUCACUGCCAUGGCUGGAUCCGAUGCCAACGAGACUGCCUACAAGGCCGCCUUCAUGUACUACCGUCAGAUGCAACGUGGUGGCCCCGAGGUCGAGUUCACCGAGGAGGAGCUGCUCUCCACCAUGAACAACGCCGGCCCCGGUUCUCCCCAGCUCUCUAUCCUGUCCUUCAAGUCCGCCUUCCACGGCCGUCUCUUCGGAUCCCUCUCCACCACCCGCUCAAAGGCCAUCCACAAGCUGGAUAUCCCCGCCUUCGACUGGCCCCAGGCCACAUUCCCCCAGUUGAAGUACCCUCUGGAGGACCAUGUCCAGGAGAACGCCGCCGAGGAGCAGCGCUGCUUGGCCGAGGUCGAGCAACUCAUCAAGGAGUUCCACAACCCCGUCGCUGCCGUCAUGGUCGAGCCCAUCCAGUCCGAGGGCGGUGACAACCACGCCUCGCCCGCCUUCUUCCAGGGCCUCCGCGACAUCACCAAGCGCACCAACGUCCUCUUCAUCGUUGACGAGGUGCAGACUGGUGUCGUUCUGGGCCCACGACCACUGGAACCUGUCCUCCCCCCCGACAUGGUCACCUUCUCCAAGAAGGCCCAGACUGCCGGUUACUACUACGGCAACCCUGCUCUGCGCCCCAACAAGCCUUACCGUCAGUUCAACACCUGGAUGGGUGACCCGGCCCGCGCUCUGAUCUUCCGCGGUAUCAUCAACGAGGUUGAGCGUCUCGGCCUCGUCGAGAACACCCGCAUCACGGGUGACUACCUGUACGGCGGUCUCGAGCGUCUCGCCGAGAAGUAUCCCCAGCACUUCCAGAACCUGCGUGGUAAGAACCAGGGUACAUUCAUCGCCUGGGACACCCCCAAGCGUGACCAGCUCGUUGCCAAGGCCAAAUCCUUCGGCAUCAACAUCGGUGGCAGUGGCGCCUCUGCUGUCCGCCUGCGCCCCAUGCUGGUCUUCCAGAAGCACCACGCUGAUAUCCUGCUCGAGAAGCUUGAGCAGAUCAUCCAGGCUGUCUAA